UUUGACAGUCGCAGUCAGCGUCUGACCCACUCGGAAGUCACUGCAGUCAGUCAGUCUCGGUUCGACCUAGUUCGCUUUUCGGCCACACCUGCUCGCUGCUGGCCGCUUUGGAGGAUGUCCGACGGCGGAGGAACGGAGGACGGCUCCGGUACCAUGGAGGUCUCGGCCGCUCACACGGUCGCCGACACCUCCGUGCUGCAGAAACACAUUCGGAAGCUGGUACCGCUGCUUUUGGAAGAUGGCGGCGAGGCCCCGGCCUCUUUGGAGUCCGCCCUGGAAGAGAAGAGCACCGUGGAGCAGAUGAAGAAAUUUCUCUCUGACCCCCAGGUUCACACCAUUCUGGUGGAAAGGAGCGCCCUUAAAGAGGAUGUUGGGGAUGAAGGAGAGGAAGAGAAGGAGUGCAUCACUUACAACAUCAGCAUUGAUAUACACUAUGGGCUCAAGUCCAACAGCCUGGCUUUGAUCAAGAGGAUUGGGAUUAUCGAUGCAGACAAGCCUAUAUCGACUCAAGUUCGGGUUCUCACUUUGAGUGAAGACUCCCCAUAUGAAACGCUCCACUCUUUCAUCAGCAAUGCUGUGGCUCCGUUUUUCAAGUCGUACAUCCGGGAGUCUGGCAAAGCAGACAGAGAUGGAGACAAAAUGGCGCCCUCUGUUGAGAAAAAGAUUGCUGAGCUGGAGAUGGGACUUCUCCACUUGCAACAGAACAUCGAGAUCCCAGAGAUCAGCCUUCUCAUUCACCCAAAUAUCUCCAACAUUGCCAAGCAGUGCAAUGAACGUGGAGAGAAGCCAAAAGUGACAGACUUUGGGGAUAAAGUGGAAGAUCCGACUUUCCUCAACCAGCUGCAGUCUGGAGUGAACCGCUGGAUCCGGGAGAUCCAAAAAGUGACUAAGCUGGAUCGUGACCCAGCGUCAGGAACGGCCUUGCAGGAGAUAAGUUUCUGGUUGAAUCUGGAAAGAGCCCUCAACAGGAUCCAGGAAAAGAGAGAGAGCCCGGAGGUUCUGCUCACACUUGACAUCCUGAAACAUGGCAAGCGUUUCCACGCUACUGUCAGCUUUGACACGGACACUGGUCUGAAACAGGCUGUCGAAACUGUCAACGACUACAAUCCACUGAUGAAGGACUUUCCAUUAAAUGAUCUGCUGUCUGCUUCUGAGCUGGAUAAGAUCCGCCAAGCACUGAUGGCCAUUUUCACCCACCUGAAGAAGAUAAGAAACACCAAGUACCCCAUUCAGAGAGCCUUGCGCCUAGUGGAGGCAAUUUCCAGGGAUCUGAGCUCCCAGCUUCUCAAAGUCUUGGGCACCAGGAAGCUAAUGCAUGUGGCGUAUGAGGAAUUUGAAAAGGUGAUGGUGGCUUGCUUUGAGGUGUUCCAGACCUGGGAAGACGAAUAUGAAAAACUCCAGGUUCUUCUGAGAGACAUUGUGAAGCGGAAGAGGGAGGAAAACCUGAAGAUGGUUUGGCGUUUGAAUCCGGCUCACAGAAAACUCCAGUCACGUCUUGAUCACAUGAGGCGAUUCAGACGGCAGCACGAGCAGCUGAGGGCUGUCAUUGUUCGGGUUUUGAGGCCUCAGAUUUCUGCUGUGCCCCAGCAUGCCCCUGGUGAGCCAGUCGAGCCCCAAGAUAUGAAAGUGGCAGGUGUUCUUUUUGAUGCCGCUGAUGCCAACGCUAUUGAGGAGGUCAACCUGGCAUACGAGAAUGUCAAAGAGGUUGAUGGCUUGGAUGUUUCAAAAGAAGGAAUGGAAGCCUGGGAGGCUGCGAUGAAAAGGUAUGAUGAGCGGAUCGAUCGUGUGGAGACCCGGAUCACCGCUCGUCUGCGUGAUCAGCUCGGCACCGCAAAGAACGCCAACGAGAUGUUCCGCAUCUUCUCCCGCUUCAACGCUCUGUUUGUGCGCCCCCACAUUCGCGGAGCCAUUCGGGAGUACCAGACGCAGCUCAUUCAGCGGGUGAAGGACGACAUCGAGUCGCUGCACGACAAGUUCAAAGUGCAGUAUCCGCAGAGUCAGUCUUGCAAGAUGAGCCACGUCCGAGAUUUGCCUCCCGUGUCGGGGUCCAUCAUCUGGGCCAAGCAGAUCGACCGUCAGCUGACAGCAUACAUGAAGAGAGUUGAGGAUGUUCUGGGUAAAGGCUGGGAGAAUCAUGUCGAGGGGUUGAAGCUAAAGCAAGAUGGUGACAGCUUCAGAGCCAAACUCAAUACUCAAGAAAUCUUCGACGAUUGGGCCCGUAAGGUUCAGCAGCGCAACCUUGGUGUGUCUGGUCGCAUCUUCACAAUCGAAAGCACUCGUGCUCGUGGCCGCACAGGAAACAUUCUUAAGCUGAAGGUCAACUUCCUUCCCGAGAUCAUCACAUUGUCUAAAGAGGUCCGCAAUCUGAAGUGGUUGAGCUUCCGUGUUCCCCUGGCCAUCGUGAACAAAGCCCACCAAGCCAACCAGCUCUACCCGUUUGCCAUUUCCCUGAUCGAGAGCGUGCGCACCUAUGAGCGCACUUGUGAGAAGGUGGAGGAGCGCUCCUCCAUCUCCCUGCUGGUCGCCGGGCUCAAGAAAGAGGUCCAGGCGCUCAUCUCUGAAGGCAUCACUCUGGUGUGGGAAUCUUACAAGCUUGACCCUUAUGUUCAGAGGCUGGCUGAGACGGUCUUCAACUUCCAGGAGAAGGUUGAUGAUCUCCUGCUCAUUGAGGAAAAGAUAGACCUGGAAGUCCGCUCUCUGGAUACAUGCAUGUUUGACCACAAAACUUUCUCGGAUAUCCUCAAUCGUGUCCAAAAAGCCGUGGAUGACCUCAAUCUGCAUUCUUAUUCCAACCUUCCCAUCUGGGUGAACAAGCUUGACAUUGAGAUUGAACGCAUUCUUGGAGUGCGUCUUCAGGCUGGCCUCAAAGCAUGGACCCAGGUGCUUCGGGGCCAAAUCGAGGACAAGGCUGAUGUGGACAUGGAUACAGAAGCCCCGGCGCAAGUGAGCCACAAACCUGGAGGCGAGCCCAAAAUCAAGAACGUUAUCCAUGAGCUCAGGAUUACCAACCAAGUGAUCUACCUGAAUCCUCCGAUCGAAGACUGCCGCUAUAAACUCUACCAAGAGAUGUUUGCUUGGAAAAUGGUCAUCCUUUCUCUCCCAAGGAUCCAAAGUCAGCGCUACCAGGUUGGUGUUCACUAUGAGUUAUCCGAGGAGGAGAAGUUCUAUCGGAAUGCUCUGACCAGGAUGCCAGAUGGACCUGCUGCUUUGGAAGAGUCCUACAACGCAGUGGAAGACAUUGUUGCUGAGGUGGAGCAGUAUGUCAAGGUGUGGCUGCAGUAUCAGUGCUUGUGGGACAUGCAGGCUGAGAACAUUUACAACCGUCUGGGCGAAGACCUGACCAAGUGGCAGGCGCUGCUGGUCCAGAUCCGAAAGGCUCGUGGAACCUUUGACAAUGCUGAGACAAGAAAGGAGUUUGGUCCAGUCGUCAUUGAUUAUGGCAAGGUUCAGUCAAAGGUGAACCUGAAAUAUGACUCAUGGCACAAAGAAGUUCUGAGCAAGUUUGGCCAGAUGCUGGGUCAGAACAUGCAGGACUUCCACGCUCAGAUUUCCAAGUCUCGCCAAGAACUGGAGCAACAUUCUGUGGAUACAGCGAGCACAUCAGAUGCUGUCAACUUCAUUACAUAUGUCCAAACCUUGAAGCGCAAGAUCAAGCAGUUUGAGAAAAACGUUGAUCUGUUCAGAAAUGGUCAGCGUUUGCUUGAAAAGCAAAGAUUCCAGUUUCCGCCGUCUUGGCUGUACAUUGACAACAUCGAAGGCGAAUGGGGAGCCUUCAGUGACAUCAUGAAACGAAAAGACACCGCCAUCCAGCAGCAAGUCGCUAACCUGCAGAUGAAGAUAGUCCAGGAGGACAAGGCUGUUGAAAACCGCACCACUGACCUGUUGAGUGACUGGGAGAAAACCAAACCAGUCGCCGGUAACCUUCGUCCAGAGGAGGCUCUUCAGUCUCUGACCAUCUACGAGGGCAAUUUUGAGCGUCUGAAGGUUGAGAGGGAGAAGUGUGCUCGAGCCAAAGAAGCCCUCGAGCUGACGGACACUGGCCUGUUGAGUGGAAGUGAAGAAAGAGUGCAGGUUGCACUGGAGGAGCUGCAUGAUCUGAAGGAGGUGUGGUCUGAGCUGUCGAAGGUGUGGGAGCAGAUAAACCAAAUGAAAGAGCAGCCGUGGGUGUCUGUGCAGCCUCGCAAGCUGCGACAGAGUCUGGAUGGCCUUCUUAACCAGCUGAAGAACUUCCAAGCAAGACUGAGACAGUACGCAUCCUACGAGUACGUUCAGAGGCUGUUGAAGGGUUACCUGAAGGUGAACAUGUUGGUCAUUGAGUUGAAGUCGGAGGCUCUGAAGGAUCGCCACUGGAAACAGCUGAUGAAGCGCUUGCAUGUCAACUGGGUCCUGUCCGAGCUGACCCUGGGCCAGAUUUGGGAUGUUGACCUGCAGAAGAAUGAGAUGGUGGUGAAGGAUGUUCUCUUGGUCGCUCAGGGAGAGAUGGCUUUGGAGGAGUUCUUGAAACAGAUCCGUGAAGUGUGGAACUCGUACGAGCUCGACCUGGUGAACUAUCAGAACAAGUGUCGUCUGAUCCGAGGCUGGGAUGAUCUCUUCAACAAAGUGAAAGAACACAUCAACAGCGUUUCAGCCAUGAAGCUGUCACCCUACUACAAGGUUUUUGAAGAAGAUGCCUUGAGUUGGGAGGACAAGCUGAACCGCAUCAUGGCUCUGUUCGAUGUGUGGAUUGAUGUCCAGCGUCGCUGGGUGUAUCUGGAGGGCAUCUUUACCGGCAGUGCUGACAUUAAGCAUCUGCUGCCAGUGGAAACGCAGAGAUUCCAGAGUAUCAGCACCGAAUUCUUGGCAUUGAUGAAGAAAGUCACAAAGUCCCCCCUCGUGAUGGAUGUGCUGAACAUUCAAGGAGUGCAAAGGUCCCUCGAGAGGCUUGCUGAUCUUCUUGGAAAAAUCCAGAAAGCCUUGGGAGAAUACCUGGAGAGAGAAAGAUCUUCAUUCCCCAGGUUCUACUUUGUUGGAGAUGAGGAUCUUCUGGAGAUCAUUGGCAACAGCAAAAACGUUGCCAAACUGCAGAAACACUUCAAGAAGAUGUUUGCAGGAGUGGCCAGUAUCUUGCUCAAUGAGGACAACACUGUGGUGUUGGGAAUCUCCUCCCGUGAAGGUGAAGAGAUUCUGUACAAGACGCCUGUGUCCAUCACAGAUCAUCCAAAGAUCAACGAGUGGCUCACACUGGUGGAGAAGGAAAUGAGGGUGACAUUGGCCAAGCUGUUAGCAGAGUCUGUCACUGAAGUGACUGGCUUCAACAAAGGCACGGCACUUGACCUCAGCCAGUACAUCAACUGGAUUGAUCGUUAUCAGGCCCAGCUGGUUGUCCUUUCCACCCAAAUAGCCUGGUCAGAGAACGUUGAGGCAGCCUUGACAACCAUUUCUGGUGGUGGUGACAUGACGCCAAUGCAGGGAGUGCUGUCAAACGUUGAGGGGACCCUCAACAUACUGGCCGACACUGUACUGAUGGAGCAGCCUCCGCUUCGCAGAAGGAAGCUGGAGCAUCUGAUCACAGAGCUGGUGCACCAACGUGACGUCACCAGGACUCUGAUCAGGAAUAAAAUCGACAACCCGAAGUCCUUCGAGUGGCUCAGUCAGAUGCGCUUCUACUUCGACCCCAAGCAGACGGACGUCCUGCAGCAGCUGUCAAUCCAGAUGGCAAAUGCCAAGUUCAACUAUGGCUUUGAGUAUUUGGGUGUUCAGGACAAGCUUGUCCAAACCCCACUUACUGACCGCUGCUACCUCACCAUGACUCAAGCCCUGGAAGCCAGACUUGGAGGAUCACCAUUUGGUCCUGCUGGUACUGGAAAGACAGAGUCUGUGAAAGCCCUCGGCCAUCAGCUGGGAAGGUUUGUGCUGGUCUUCAACUGCGACGAGACAUUUGACUUCCAGGCCAUGGGUCGUAUCUUCGUGGGUCUCUGCCAAGUCGGAGCUUGGGGCUGCUUUGACGAGUUCAACCGUCUGGAGGAGAGGAUGCUCUCAGCUGUCUCUCAGCAGGUCCAGUACAUCCAGGUGGCAUUGAGAGAGCACAGCAACCCCAACAGAGAUCGAAGCGUGCCCGUCACCACUGAACUCCUGAACAAGCAGGUGAAGGUGAGCCCAGAAAUGGCCAUCUUCAUCACCAUGAAUCCAGGCUACGCUGGGCGCUCCAACCUGCCAGACAACUUGAAGAAACUCUUCCGCAGCUUGGCCAUGACCAAGCCUGACCGGCAACUCAUUGCUCAGGUCAUGCUCUACUCUCAAGGUUUCCGCACAGCUGAGAUCCUCGCCAAGAAGAUCGUCCCCUUCUUCAAACUGUGUGAUGAGCAGCUGUCCUCCCAGAGCCACUACGAUUUUGGACUUCGAGCUCUCAAGAGUGUGCUGAUCAGUGCUGGCAACGUCAAACGUGAACGCAUCCAGAAGAUCAAAAGAGAAAAGCUGGAGCGCGGAGAAGUUGUCGACGAGAAUGACAUUGCUGAAAACCUUCCAGAACAAGAGAUUCUCAUCCAGAGUGUUUGUGAGACGAUGGUUCCUAAACUGGUGGCAGAGGACAUCCCCCUGCUGUUCAGCUUGCUGUCUGAUGUCUUCCCUGGAGUGCAGUACCACCGCGGUGAGAUGUCUGCUCUGAGAGAGGAGCUGAAGAAGGUCUGCAAAGAAAUGUACCUGACCUACGGAGAUGGUGAUGACGUGGGCAGCAUGUGGGUAGAGAAGGUCCUUCAGCUGUACCAGAUCACUCAGAUCAAUCAUGGUCUCAUGAUGGUUGGACCAUCAGGUAGUGGGAAGACCAUGGCAUGGAGGGUCCUCCUCAAAGCCUUGGAAAGGCUGGAGGGUGUUGAGGGUGUGGCACACAUCAUUGAUCCCAAGGCUAUCAGCAAGGAUCACUUGUACGGAACCUUGGAUCCAAACACCCGUGAAUGGACUGAUGGCCUGUUCACACACAUUCUCAGAAAGAUCAUCGACAACGUCAGGGGUGAACUUCAAAAGCGCCAGUGGAUCAUCUUCGAUGGUGAUGUCGACCCUGAAUGGGUUGAAAAUCUCAACUCCGUCCUUGAUGACAAUAAACUGCUCACCCUGCCAAAUGGAGAACGUCUGAGUUUGCCACCUAAUGUGCGCAUCAUGUUUGAAGUACAGGAUCUGAAAUACGCCACACUGGCCACCGUGUCUCGUUGUGGCAUGGUCUGGUUCAGUGAGGACGUUCUGAGCACAGACAUGAUUUUCAACAACUUCCUGGCUCGUAUUCGCAGCAUCCCAUUGGAUGAAGGGGAGGAUGAGGCUCAGCGCAAGAGGAAGGGGACAGAGGAUGAAGAGGAGACUGCCUCCCCAAUGUUGCAGAUACAACGUGAUGCUGCAGCCAUCCUGCAACCGUACUUCACCUCCACCGGCCUGGUCAUCAAGGCCUUGGAGCAUGCCUCCAAGAUGGAGCACAUCAUGGACUUCACUCGCCUUCGAUGCUUGGGUUCACUCUUCUCAAUGUUGCACCAAGCUUGUCGUAACGUGGCCCUCUACAACAACAAUCACCCAGACUUCCCGAUGCCCAUCGAUCAGCUCGAGAAGUACAUGCAGAGGUACCUGAUCUACGCUGUGCUCUGGUCCUUUUCUGGAGACGGACGGCUGAAGAUCAGGGGUGAGCUCGGGGAAUACAUCCGUCGAAUCACAACUGUUCCCCUUCCCUCUGCUCCAAACGUCCCCAUCAUUGACUAUGAGGUGUUGAUCUCGGGCGAGUGGCAGUCUUGGCAAGGAAAGGUACCCCAGAUCGAGGUGGAAACCCACAAGGUUGCGUCUCCAGAUGUGGUGGUUCCGACUCUGGACACAGUCCGCCAUGAGGCUUUGCUGUACACUUGGCUGGCGGAGCACAAACCUCUGGUGCUUUGUGGUCCUCCUGGCUCUGGAAAAACUAUGACCCUGUUCAGCGCCCUCAGGGCUUUGCCUGAUAUGGAGGUUGUCGGCCUGAACUUCUCCAGUGCCACCACUCCUGAACUUCUGCUCAAGACGUUUGACCAUUACUGCGAAUACCGCCGCACCCCCAACGGAGUCGUUCUGGCUCCUGUCCAGCUGGGCAAGUGGUUGGUACUUUUCUGUGACGAGAUCAAUCUGCCAGACAUGGACAAGUAUGGCACACAGAGAGUCAUCUCCUUCCUCAGACAGAUGGUGGAACAUGGAGGAUUCUACCGAACCUCUGACCAAACUUGGGUGAAACUGGAAAGGAUCCAGUUUGUGGGUGCCUGUAAUCCUCCCACUGAUCCUGGCAGAAAGCCGCUGACUCACAGGUUCCUGCGUCAUGUGCCUGUUGUGUACGUGGACUAUCCAGGUCCAGCCUCUCUCACCCAGAUUUACGGAACGUUCAAUCGUGCCAUGCUUCGUCUCAUCCCCUCCCUGCGUACUUAUGCUGAACCUCUUACUGCUGCCAUGGUUGAGUUUUAUACCAUGUCUCAGGAACGUUUCACUCAGGACACUCAGCCGCACUACAUCUACUCUCCCAGAGAGAUGACUCGCUGGGUGCGAGGCAUCUUUGAGGCUCUGAGGCCACUCGAGACCCUCCCUGUGGAAGGACUCAUCCGCAUCUGGGCCCAUGAAGCCCUCCGCCUAUUCCAGGACAGGCUGGUUGGUGAUGACGAAAGAAAGUGGACUGAUGAGAACAUUGACACUGUAGCUCUCAAACACUUCCCCAAUAUUGAUAAGGACAAGGCUCUUAACCGGCCCAUUCUGUACAGCAACUGGCUGUCAAAGGAUUACAUUCCAGUGGAACAGGAGGAGCUUCGGGACUAUGUGAAGGCUCGUCUGAAGGUCUUCUACGAGGAGGAACUUGAUGUUCCACUGGUGCUCUUCAAUGAGGUCCUGGAUCAUGUCCUCAGGAUCGAUCGAAUCUUCCGUCAGCCACAAGGGCAUCUGUUGUUGAUCGGUGUGAGCGGCGCUGGUAAAACCACCUUGUCACGUUUUGUGGCCUGGAUGAACGGCCUCAGUGUCUACCAGAUCAAGGUUCACAGGAAGUACACUGGAGAAGACUUUGAUGAAGACCUCCGCACAGUGUUGCGGCGCUCAGGUUGCAAAAAUGAGAAGAUUGCCUUCAUCAUGGACGAAUCCAAUGUGCUUGAUUCUGGAUUCCUGGAGAGAAUGAACACCCUGCUGGCCAACGGAGAGGUGCCAGGCUUGUUUGAGGGAGAUGAGUAUGCCACCUUGAUGACUCAGUGCAAAGAAGGAGCCCAGAAGGAAGGUCUGAUGUUGGACACACAUGAGGAGCUGUACAAGUGGUUCACCAGCCAGGUCAUCAGAAACCUCCACGUUGUUUUCACCAUGAACCCGUCAUCCGAGGGUCUGAAGGAUAGAGCUGCGACUUCUCCAGCCCUUUUCAACAGAUGUGUGCUGAACUGGUUUGGAGACUGGUCUACCGAAGCUCUUUACCAAGUUGGUAAGGAGUUCACCAGCAAGAUGGAUUUGGAGAAGCCCAACUACAAAGUGCCAGACUACAUGCCCAUCGUCUAUGACAAGCUUCCCCAGCCUCCAUCUCAUCGUGAGGCCAUCGUCAAUGGCUGCGUGUUUGUGCACCAGACGCUUCACCAGGCAAACAACCGUCUAGCGAAGCGUGGUGGCCACACCAUGGCAAUCACUCCUCGCCAUUACCUGGACUUCAUCAAUCAAUACGCCAACCUGUUCAAUGAGAAACGCAGCGAGUUGGAGGAGCAGCAGAUGCAUCUUAACGUUGGUCUACGCAAGAUAAAGGAGACUGUUGAUCAGGUGGAGGAGCUUCGUCGUGACCUCAGGAUCAAGAGUCAGGAGUUGGAGACAAAGAAUGCUGCUGCAAACGACAAGCUGAAGAAGAUGGUGAAGGACCAGCAGGAAGCUGAAAAGAAAAAGGUCAUGAGUCAGGAGAUCCAGGAAGCUGUUUACAAGCAGCAGGAGGUGAUCAAGGACAAGCAGCUGAGUGUCAAACAGGACUUGGACCAGGUGGAACCAGCCGUUAUUGAAGCUCAGAAUGCUGUGAAGUCCAUUAAGAAGCAGCACCUGGUUGAGGUGCGUUCCAUGGCUAAUCCACCUGCGGCUGUGAAACUGGCCCUGGAGUCCAUCUGCUUGCUUUUGGGAGAGUCCACGACUGACUGGAAGCAGAUUCGAUCCAUCAUCAUGAGGGAGAACUUCAUCCCAACUAUUGUUAAUUUCUCAGCCGAUGAAAUCAGUGACACUAUUCGUGAAAAGAUGAAGAAGAAUUACCUCUCAAACCCAGGCUACAACUAUGACCAAGUCAAUCGUGCCUCAGUGGCCUGUGGGCCCAUGGUGAAAUGGGCGAUCGCUCAGCUUAACUACGCUGACAUGCUGAAGCGUGUGGAGCCUCUGCGCAAUGAACUGCAGAAGCUGGAAGAUGAUGCCACCGAUAACAAGACCAAGGCAGAAGAGGUCGAACAGAUGAUCAGAGAUCUGGAGGCCAGCAUUGCUCGCUACAAGGAGGAGUACGCUGUCCUCAUUUCUGAAGCCCAGGCCAUCAAGGCCGACUUGGCUGCAGUGGAGGCAAAGGUGAACCGGAGCACGGCCCUCCUUAAGAGUCUCUCAGCUGAGAGGGAGCGUUGGGAGAAGACCAGCGAGACCUUCAAGAACCAGAUGUCCACGAUUGCUGGAGACUGUUUGCUCUCUGCAGCUUUCAUCUCUUAUGCUGGCUACUUCGAACAGCAGAUGAGGCAGAACUUGUUCACCACCUGGUCUCAUCACCUCCAGCAAGCCAACAUUCAGUUCCGUACUGACAUCGCCAGAACCGAGUACCUGUCCAAUGCAGACGAGAGACUCCGCUGGCAAGCCAACUCACUGCCAGCUGAUGACCUCUGCACUGAGAACGCCAUCAUGCUCAAGAGGUUCAACAGGUAUCCCCUCAUCAUCGACCCAUCAGGUCAAGCCACAGAGUUCAUCAUGAACGAAUACAAGGACCGGAAGAUCACCAGAACAAGCUUCCUGGACGAUGCCUUCAGGAAGAACCUGGAGAGCGCGCUACGUUUUGGAAACCCGUUGCUGGUCCAGGAUGUCGAGAGUUAUGACCCCAUCCUGAAUCCGGUGCUGAACAGAGAGGUCCGCAGGACUGGAGGCCGUGUUCUCAUCACCUUGGGAGACCAGGAUAUCGAUCUGUCGCCGUCUUUUGUCAUCUUCCUCUCAACACGUGAUCCAACUGUUGAGUUCCCUCCAGACUUGUGCUCUCGUGUCACUUUUGUCAACUUCACCGUGACUCGCAGCAGCUUGCAGAGCCAGUGUCUGAAUGAGGUCUUGAAAGCCGAGAGGCCAGAUGUGGAUGAGAAACGUUCGGACCUUCUCAAACUGCAGGGAGAGUUCCAGCUUCGCCUGCGCCAACUGGAGAAGUCUCUGUUGCAGGCUCUUAAUGAGGUGAAGGGUCGCAUCCUGGACGAUGACACCAUCAUCACCACGCUGGAGAACCUGAAGAAGGAAGCUGCAGAGGUGACCCGGAAGGUGGAGGAGACGGAUAUCAUCAUGGCUGAAGUGGAGGCGGUGUCACAGCAGUACCUGUCGCUGUCCUCCGCCUGCAGCAGCAUCUAUUUCACCAUGGAGGCCCUCAACCAGAUGCACUUUCUGUACCAAUACUCACUUCACUUCUUCCUGGACACCUACCACACUGUGCUCUAUGAAAACGCAAACCUCAAGAGCAUCAGUGAUCACACACAGAGGCUCUCUCUGAUUACCAAGGACCUCUUCCAGGUGGCUUUCAACAGAGUGGCACGGGGGAUGCUGCACCAAGACCACAUUACUUUUGCCAUGCUGCUGGCUAAGAUCAGCCUGAAAGGAAUGACCAACGAGCCCUCGUACGACGCAGAGUUCCAACACUUCCUGCGUGGCAAGGAGAUCGUCCUGACUGGCAUGUCGCCACCCAAGGUCAAAGGUCUCACGACGGAUCAGUGCGAGGCCAUGGUGCGCCUGAGCCGUCUGCCCGCGUUUAAGGACUUGGUGUCAAAGGUUGAGGCAGACGAGCAAAUCUUCAUGUGGCUUGAGAGCAACACCCCAGAGCUGGCGGUGCCUUAUCUGUGGUCGGAGGAGAAGCAGUCCACUCCUAUUGGUCAGGCCGUCCACCAACUGUUACUCAUCCAGUCUUUCCGCCCGGACCGCCUGCUGGCCAUGUCUCACAUCUUCGUCGCAAAGGUGUUGGGAGACACGUUCAUGAACAUCAUCGAGCAGCCCAUCGACCUGGCCAACAUCGUGGACAGCGAGGUGAAGCCGAGCACGCCGGUGUUGAUGUGCUCUGUUCCGGGUUAUGAUGCCAGCGGCCUGGUCCGGGAUCUGGCUGCAGAGCAAAACAAACAGAUCACCUCCAUUUCCAUUGGUUCGGCUGAGGGCUUCAACAAAGCAGAUAGAGACAUCAACACUGCUGUCAAGUCUGGAAGGUGGGUGAUGUUGGAGAACGUUCACUUGGCUCCUGGCUGGCUGAUGCAGCUAGAGAAGAAGCUCCAUUCCAUGCAGCCUCACGCUAGCUUCAGGCUGUUCCUGACGAUGGAGAUCAAUCCCAAGGUCCCUGUGAAUCUACUCCGAGCUGGUCGCAUCUUCGUGUUCGAACCUCCUCCUGGUGUCAAGGCCAACAUGCUCAGGACUUUCAGCAGCAUCCCGGUGGCUCGCAUGUGCAAGGCUCCUAAUGAGCGCGCCCGGCUGUACUUCCUCCUGGCCUGGUUCCACGCUGUCAUCCAGGAGCGCCUGCGUUACGCUCCUCUGGGCUGGUCCAAGAAGUACGAGUUCGGCGAGUCUGACCUGCGUUCUGCCUGCGACACGGUGGACACCUGGCUGGAUGACACCGCAAAGGGUCGCCAGAACAUCGCGCCUGACAAGAUCCCAUGGGCUGCUCUGAAAACCUUGAUGGCCCAGUCCAUCUACGGCGGUCGAAUCGACAACGAGUUCGACCAGCGCCUCCUGAACACCUUCUUGGACCGGAUCUUCACGAAAGGCAGCUUCGAUAGCGAGUUCAAACUUGCUCUCAAAGUUGAUGGACACAAAGACAUCAAGAUGCCUGAUGGGAUCAGGCGCGAGGAGUUCAUGCACUGGGUGGAGAUGCUUCCCGACACUCAGACUCCCUCUUGGCUCGGCCUGCCCAGCAACGCCGAGAAGGUCCUGCUCACCACUCAGGGCACCGACAUGAUGGGUAAGAUGCUGAAAAUGCAGAUGUUGGAGGAUGAGGAUGACCUGGCGUACGAGACGGAGAAGAAGGAGCGCACCUCGUCCACGUCGGACGCCCAGCCGGCUUGGAUGAGAACCCUCCACACCACCGCCUGCAACUGGCUGCAGCUCAUGCCCCAAACGGUCAAUCCUCUCAAACGCACCGUGGAGAACAUCAAGGACCCACUGUUCCGCUUCUUCGAACGUGAGGUGAAGAUGGGCGGCAAGAUGCUGCAGGAGGUCCGUCAGGAUCUGAGUGAUGUGGUGCAGGUUUGUGAAGGCAAGAAGAAGCAGACCAACUACCUGCGCACUCUCAUCAGCGACCUUGUCAAAGGCAUCCUGCCUCGCAGCUGGUGUCGCUACACAGUCCCAGUCUCCAUGACUGUGAUCCAGUGGGUGGCAGACUUCAGCGAGAGGAUCAAGCAGCUGCAGCAGAUCUCCCAAGCUGCCGCCAGCGGAGGGGCCAAAGAACUGAAGAACAUCCAUGUUUGCCUGGGAAGCCUGUUCGUCCCUGAAGCGUACAUCACUGCAACCCGCCAGUAUGUGGCACAAGCGAACAGCUGGUCUCUGGAAGAGCUGUGUUUGGAGGUCAACGUCACCAACGCCCAGUCUGCCGCUCUGGACGCCUGCAGCUUCGGAAUCAAAGGACUGAAACUGCAGGGAGCGACCUGCGCCAACAACAAGCUCUCUCUGUCUGCAACCAUCUCCACGGAGCUGCCGCUCACUCAGCUGCGCUGGAUCAAGCAGAGCAACGCUGAGAAGAGAAACUUGGUGACUCUCCCCGUGUACCUGAACUUCACCCGGUCAGACCUCAUCUUCACCGUGGACUUUGACAUCGCCACCAAGGAAGACCCACACAGCUUCUACGAGCGUGGAGUUGCUGUCCUCUGCACCGAGUAGAUGGCCGCUGGAAGAAUUGGCCACAAUUUUUACCCUGUCAUAGCUUGCUACUCAUGGUUUAUAGCUUUCACUCCUGCUCAUGUUUAGUCACUUGGAAAGUGUGUCAGAAGGUCCAGAGAAAGUUGUCAGAUGGUGUCGGAUUAGAAUUUGGAAUGUGGUAAAAAGAAAUGAAAGUUGUUUUUAAAUGAAGGAAAAAGGAACGUUUUAGAUCAUGCAGCAAUUAAAUAAACCAUUCUCCAACCCCAACACAUGAGUUUUAGGUGCAUUAUGUCCUAAAACAAUGGAGGCUUUUACAACCUUUCUUCUGAUUCCCUUGUGGGGCAAAAGGCGGGGGGACCAUGGACAUGUCGACAUCUUUACUCUUUAG